AGUCCCUUUUCUUUUCUUUUUAGGGAAUAUGAAAUCGUAUAGGAAAACAAUAUUUUGAACAGUUGGAAGCCAUCGGAUUUCUGCAAAAAUACAAACUAAAUAAUCUAUUGAAUGUAAAAUAAUUGAUAAAGAAGGAAGGGCACAUGAAAGCUUAAGACUUUUUUAAUAAUAUGAUAAUGAUCUAUUUUCACAUGUUACAGCUAUGUGUUUUUCCGUUUGACUUCCUGUUUGCUACUCUCAUCUAUUACGACUUUUCAUUUCUCUGCAAAACAAUCAACCAGGUUUCUCCUCUCUUGUCUAAUCCACACCAAUGUCACCUUUUCCGACUGAUAUGAUUCCUAACAUACUUUGUCGGCUUCCAGUGAAAACACUACUCCGCUUCAAAUGUGUGUCCAAACCAUGGGGUUCUCUCAUAGAUGCCUCACAUUUUGUCAAAAGUCAUCUCCAUCAGUCCUUGAAAACCAACAACAAUGUCAAGCUUUUCCUCGACAACGGUGCAGAAAUCGACGAUAAUGCCUAUGCGGUGGAUUUCGACUCUCUCAACAACUUGGUGCAAUUUCCUCGUCCAUUUACAGCUGAAAUCACCAAGUACCGUUCUAGAAUAAUCGGUUCUUACAAUGGAUUACUUGCUGUGUACCAUCGUGAAGGAGGCAUCGCUCUAUGGAAUCCAUCAACAAGAAAAUGUCAUUAUUUGCCAGCCUUGGAUGAAGAUAUAAGUAUGGAUCAUGACACCAUCCCCGGAUACAACUACGACAACAGCACCAUACUCGGAUUUGGGUAUGACAAGAUCACCGAAGACUAUAAGGUGGUGAAAAUGCUGAGAUCCAAGACCCAAAACUGCUUCAAAGUUACGAUUUACGGCCAGAAAUCCAACACUUGGAGGAGGAUUAAGGAUUGCCCUUACGACAUACCUAUUAACUACAACGACGGGGCAUACGUAAACAAUGCCAUUCAUUGGGUAGGGGAUGAAAUAUUGUCAGGAAGAAACGUGAUAUUUGGUCUUCAUCUUAACACCGAGGAGUACUUCGAAGUCCCUGAAGGAAAGAGGAGCUCCGAAGACAAGAAAUGCGGCGCUUAUUAUUGCGAGGGCUUCAGCUACAUGAAUGUGGGAGUGUUGGGAGGUUGUUUAUGUGUUUCCCGAGAUUUCUCGAGUUGUCCAAUCGAAGACCACGUAAAUAUAUGGGUGAUGAAGGAGUAUGGAGUGAAGGAGUCUUGGACUGAGUUGCUUUAUCUGUCGAGAAAUCAAUGGGUGACCAAUAUAUUUCACACCAGAGCUGUAGGGUAUGCCAGGGAUGGCAAUAAAGUAUUGCUGGAUGACGGUGGAGGACAACAGCCUGCUUGGUUCAAUCUAGAGGAUGAAAGUAGCCACCUUCUUUGUAUUCCAGGCGCACCCCAACUUGUUUCUACAAUCAUCUAUGUUGAAAGCCUUGUUUCUGUUUCUUGAACCCAUUAAUGCAUCUAACUUCAUCA